UUAAAACGCUAUUAUCAUUUGGCACAGAAAACAUUGUGGUAGCUGAAAGUUUGUAGAAUGACGAAUAAAUGCAGAACUUGUGCGGUAAUGAUCUUAAAUCCCAACGCCAAGAAUCUCUUCGACCAAGACGACAAUGAGAUACUUAAUGACAUUGAAACUCUUACUGGAAUACGGUUAAAGGAUGAGCAGCAUAUGCCGAAGCAUAUUUGUACCUGUUGUCACUUGGACUUAUACCAUUCAAUAGCUUUUCGAGAGAGAUGCUUGAAAACGGAACAUUUUUUACAAGCUGCAAAACCCAAGCCAAAGAUGGGAGACCCGCUAAAUACAACACAAACAGGGAUAGAAUCAAGCAAUGGAACAUCUAAAAAAUUACAGAAUGCAACAACAGAGCAAUUAGAGAAUAUCUUAAUCUUGAAUACGCCAGAUACAGAAAACUCCAGUAAGCCAUACCAAGAAAGCCAUAUUUUACGCACUCGUAAACAAAAAUCUAAUACACCAAAGCCAGACAUUGCAAGAGAGAAAACAUAUUCUAAUGAUGAUAUAUCACCUACAAAUAUGUAUGAUACCACGAUUCAGCCUGACCUAAAGGUUGCAGAUGACAAUGAAGGGCAAACUUCAGGGACUAAAACACUAGGCAGCUCAAGCAAAUGUACAGAGAAUUACAAUAAUUCAAAGACCGAGAGCAAUGAAUUCAGUGACUUUGAAGAAACAGAAUUGUUUCAAGAAGUAGCGCCUAGUUCACCUGUUGUAUCCUCUGCCCUUCCAUCUCAGGCAGCACAGAAUAAGGAUAGGAUGGCUGCCAAAAGACAGUAUAGGAAGAAUAAAGACAGCAAUGUAAAACCACCGGCAAAUCCGAAAAUUUUCAUCUGUGACCUAUGCGGGCAUCAAUCUUCAAGUCCCAAAAACUUGGAUAUUCACAUACUGCGUCACAAGGGCGAAAAAAACUUUGAAUGUGCCGAAUGUGGCAUUAAGCACUACUCGAAAUAUCUAUUACAAUUACACAUUCGGGUGAAACACCAAGGCGAGAUGCCGUAUCUCUGCAAAUUUUGCGAUCAACGCUUCUAUUCCGCCAGCACGCGUCAACGCCACGAACAAGUACGGCAUAUAAGAAGUUGGUCAUAUCAGUGCAAGAUAUGUGGAAAAAAAUAUAAUACAAAAUCAUGUUUAAAUAAACACGAAUUUCUGCACACUGGAUUGCGACCAUAUCGUUGCGACUUGUGCAAUGUGGCGUUUCCCCGAAAGCCAGGCCUAAGAAUACAUUGUCGUACAAAGCAGCAUCAGAAGAGAGCUAGCGAAGCGGUCAAUGGUCAAAUUGAUGGCAUUAAAGAAAUAGCAAUUUCAGAUAAUACAAUAGUUUUUCCGGACUCAAUAAUAGUAGGACUUGAUGUAUAAUAGAGUUUGUUAUCGUGUAGAACAUGAACACAUUAGAUAAUUGCGCCACAUUUUUGACAUUCACAUCAUACCAUAAUUAUCAGCUGUAUUUAUGCCAUUCACACUUGAAUUUCGAUAGUGAAAUUAAUAAAAACAUUGCCUUAUUUUG